ACACGAAGAAGAAUUCAAUCCAUGUUGGAUUCACGUUUAGCUAAUACUUUCACCGGUUGUGUGUUGUAAACAAACUCUACACUCAGUCGGAACAUUGAACGUACUGUCUUGUGCUUGUCGUUUCACUGCACAGGUGGUAAAACAGACGGUAAGCUACUAUUCGAGAUGGUGCAGCUGCAUGUGAAGCGUGGAGAUGAAAGCCAGUUUCUUUUCAACACCACUGUGCUCGCGCCUGUGGAGUCGGUGAUUCAGCAAAUUACAGCCAUUUACAACGGGAGGCUCAAAGUGGACAGGAUAUGUUCAGAGAUCCCAGAGCUGGCUGACCAUGGCACCACACUGCCCCCCAACAUGCAGGGGCUGACAGAGGAGCAGAUCGUGGACCUGAACCUGAUCGAUGAAUGGGAAGAAAAGUGUGUUCCCAGUGGAGGGCCCGUGUUGAGGAGGGAUGAGAUUGGGAGGAGGAACGGACAGGCUCCAAAUGAUAAGAUGAAAGAGGUGUUGAUGAGAACUGUGGAAGAGGCAAAGGCACUGAUCUCCAAAAAACAAGUCCAAGCUAAUGUUUGUGUCACCAUGGAGAUGAUAAAGGAAGCCCUAGAUCCACUAAGGGGUGCGGUCAUGAUUGUAUACCCAAUGGAGCUGCCUCCUCAUGACCCUAUCAGGAUGGAGUUUGAAGACAGGGAAGACCUUUCAGGAACCCAGGCCUCUCUGCAGGUGGUCACAGAGGAGGAGUGCCAGCUAUGGUGGGCUGGCAAAGAGAUGCAGAGGGGGAAAAAACUGCAGGACUACAUUGGUAAAAAUGAAAAGACGAAGCUUGUGGUCAAAAUCCAAAAGAAAGGGCAGGGGGCCCCAGGGAGAGAGCCUGUGAUCACUGAGGAGCAGCAGAAACAGAUGAUGAUGCGUCAAUACAGGAGGCAGGAGGAGCUCAAGAAACUAGAGGAGGGAGACGAUGAUAGCCACAUGGACUCAGAGUGGACCGACAGACAAGCUCUCAGAAAACAGUUUCAGGGCCUCUCUAACAUCAAAUGGGGGCCCAGGUAAAAAAAACGCUAACACCCAGAUUCCCACCGUGGAGCUGCUGCCCUGAUCCCGUACAGCUCCACAUGCAACGGACUAUGAUGCCUUAUUCUCACUAUCCUUAAAUCAGUUCAAUACAUGUUAGUAUUUAUUUGUAUCUGAAUUCAAAUCUGGAGACAUUGUCUGACAGGACGGGUCAUGAUGUCACAGGGAGGCUGAUGUCAUUAAAAACCUGAUUUAUUUGAAGGUCAAUCUGAACCUUGUAUUCCCUUACUGAUUGUUUUUAACCUCAAUUUUCAUUUUUAUUGAAGCUGUGCAGAUGAAAUACAUUUAAGAUAUUCUCUUAACAUUAUUGUUGUGAAAUAAAUUGUUUUUCAAAAUGU